UUCUCCCACCCUACUACUAUUUAUAUUUAAAAACACAAUAUAACAUUCGUUUUUUUAGGUUUCAAGUUUAAUUUGUUAAACAUGUCUAACAACACGAACUACACAGCCACCCCAACGUCCAUGUGUAUGUUGAUCAGGACAUACACCUCUAAUGAAACUUUGUUUAACAACGAACAUAGCACAGUGAUUAUCAGAAUCUCACUAUCGACACUCGUGUUCAUGAUCAACUCAAUGCUUGUUGCUGGUUUGGUCAAAAGUUGGUCAAAGUUUCGCCAAAAUAUUUAUAUUUUCGUCCUCGCCAUUGUGACAUGUGAUGCCCUGCUUGGAUUGGUGAACGCGACUAAUGGAAUACAUCACCUAGCAGCUGGAAAUAUUCUGGAUAAAUCUGGAGCCCGAUACCGAUACGAAACAGCUUGGUUCUACAUGAUAAAGUCUUCCAUAUUUAUGGCGGCUGAGGUGUUUACAGCUGGCCAUACAGCUUUGAUUGCUCUUGCUUUCUCUCGGUAUAUUUCAGCUCAAUCGCAUCAACAUAUGGAACAAUUACACAAACGUAACACAGCUCCUGGCAGUUCCUCUCAAAUGAACAAGUCUCUUCUUUUAUCUCGGAGGAAAAGUUGGAUUUUGUCGCUAAAUGUUUUCGUUCUCUCCCUAGCGAUUUUUAUAAUCGGUCUAUGUUGGAACUGCACAUCAUCCUGUUCAUGUUUCUUCGAUAAUGGGAAACUUAGCCGAACAAUGGCCGCUCAUGAUUGCCAUCGACAUUUUCAAUGCAGCUUUCUCUACCCUUCGUUGAAGAUAUACCACGUGAUCGCUUGCGUCAUUGCCUUCCUCGUAGCUUUGCUGAUAGUUCUCGUUAUGUGUGUUGGGACCAUACAUCGAACGGGGGGGCUGGCCGCCAUCUUACCUUACAGAAUUCAUCUAAGUUUGCUCAGAAGAAACAGAAGAAAGAAAAAAGAUGAGACCGACGACACAGCUGGUGCAAUGGCGCUUCAUAGAAAACAUUCGAUACAACUUUCGUACAUGAGAAACAUGACGCACUUUAUCCUAUCCGUGUCAAUAGUGUACGUGGUUUGCAGAUUCCCAGCUAAUAUUGUUCUUCUGUUGGAUUCCCUCCAAAUACCAAUAACAAUAUCACCUGUUGGGCUUGCGGCCAUUGGAACAAUUGCUUUCUCCCACUCGCUACUUAACCCAAUUGUGUUCUACGUUACAUUACAACCAAUGCGAAAAGCGGUCCAUCAUCUUUUCCAACCAUGUUGUACUAGAACCAUUGAAACGAAGAGGGGAACCACCACAACUGAUCCCACAAACACAAACAUAACAUCAGCGUUGGCUCAAAACAGAAAGCGUUCACAACUUAGUGCGCGCAUAAGUGUAGUGUCCACCAUUUCGAUUAAUCAGAACGAAACUACGUUUUAAACUGGAUGGGGAAAAUGGGAAACAACAUGGCCUGCUAUAUGCUAUGGUGGGAAAAGAUGGAACACCUUUAGCACAUAGCAUCCAAAUAUCAUGGCCGUGUUUUAAACAAUUACCAACGGUCUAUGGGAGUCGUGAGGAUACGGUUUUAAAAUUCUUUGAAUGUUCUUUGUUUAUUACCAAAUUGAACGAGAAAAUAGAAUGAAAAGUGUCCCAUCCUCCCACCCUACUAUAUUAUAGAUGCCAAAUAUAGAGACAAAGACAUGAAGUUCAUUAAUGACAAUAAUUGACUAUUAUAGUGAGGUGGGGAAGAUGGGGCACCUUUAAGCACAACAUAUCCCAAUAUCUUGAUCGUGUUUUAAAUAAUAAUUAACAACGCUCGUUUAGGUUCGCAGGGCUACGGUUAUAUAAUUCUGUGAAUGUUCUUUGUGUACUACCAAUUGGAACGAGAAAACAGAACGAAAAUAUGUCCCAUCUUAACCCACCCUACUUUGAGUUUACUUUUCUGCCUCAAUCUUUAAAUGUCCGUGUUUUAUCGGGCAGUCACAUGACCACUUAUCACCUAUAUUGAUAGAUUAAUGUGAAGUCACAUCGGUACUACCUCUAACGUUAUCACACGCAAGGAAGAAGUAGGUCACACAUCCGUUAGUUACUGUGGGCUUUCACAGCAGUAACAUCUGGUUAACUUUUGUUGUUUUUGCAAGUUUCUAAGACAGCUGAUUAAAUUAAACAAUUAGACUGUCCCAGGGCCUGUUAAGUUUUUGAAUACGGGUCACGCACCGAUUAUAGCACGUCAAUAGCCUCUGGCUAAAACCACUAAAAAUGUUUUGAAACAAAACAUAAUAUCGCCAAAUGAGUUCUCAAAAACGUAUUUAUACACACCUUAUAACCGUGUUAUAAUAAUUUGUGUCCAUUUAUUAAAGCUUAGCUCUCUCGUUGUUUUGUUUAUUAUUUAAUAUUGUAAUAGAAAUACACAGUGGUUGGCUGAUUUUGGCAAAUGUUUUGAAUUCGUUACCAUAAAUAAAAUGUCGAAAUGCAA